AUGGCUGGUGCAAACCCUAGUGGCCUGGUUCCCUCGAGUACCUGGUCUAGUGGUUGGCUUCAUCAUGAUGUUGGACCUUGUUAUGUUCUUUACGGUGCUCAUCGCGUUCGUGAGAUACCAUCGGCUAAUCAGAAUACGAUAAAUAGCAACGCCCGCUUUCGGGGCCAAGCCGCCAAACCGCCAGGCUCGAACAAAUCUCCUACGUCCUCAACCGCCGGUCAGCCAACGUCACCGACCGUUUCUCAGGGAAGCCAGUCAUCUACCAACUUGGCUCCUAAAGUCCCGCCUCUGCCCAACUCGCCUUCUCUCGCCCACUCUAUUGGCAUGGACGACCAGGGUGGCUUGUCCGACGGCGACGGCCUUCUCGGCUCCUACCAUCUGCCACGGCCUAUGCCCAUCUGGCUGAACUCCAACUAUGGCAAGCACAUUGUCAAGGGCAACUUCAUGACUCUGAGUGCGAGACCCAAGACGGUCGAACAGGGCGAGUGGAUCGCGCAUCAAGUUGUCGAGCACUACCGUAACCUCUGGAAUUUCGUGCGUGUUCUCCACGAGAAGGAGGAAGAUGGCUCGACAAUCUGCAACGGCACUACGUGCCCCAGAAUGUCCGCCGGAGCGAACCACUCAUUCACUUGGCUCAACAACCGUCGGGAGCCUGUCGAGCUUCCUGCCGCCGAAUACAUGACUCUUAUGCAGAGAUGGAUCUCAGGCAAGAUUGACGACACCAACAUCUUCCCGACCGACCCCUCAGGCGUCUCGUAUGCGCACAACGCAAACAUCACCACCACGCCCCUCUCACAGCUCACAAACCCUGGUGAGCCCGACUGGAUCGGCAAGCGAUCAGGUUUCCCGCAGAACUUUAUCGACGUCUGCCAAACCAUUUUCCGCCAGAUGUUCCGCGUCUACUCCCACCUCUACUGGGCUCACUUCACCGAGCCCUUCUACCACCUUAACCUCGAGAAGUCCCUCAACAGUUGCUUCAGCCACUUCAUCCUUACGGCCACGGCUCUUGACAUGCUCAAGCCUCAUGAGCUCGAGCCCAUGCAGCCGCUGAUCGACCUUUGGGCCGCCAACGGCACCUUCCCACCCGAGUCCAAGGCUUACGAGUAUGCCAACCUCCGCGCUGGCGAGCGCCUGAUGCAACUUGCUGGCGUUUGA